AUAUUGGCAACACAAUAAAAAAUUCGAGGCAGUAUUCAGAUUAUUUUACAAUUUUCAUGUUUUUAACCGAAAAAUAUUUAAAACUUAGCUGGUUUUUAUAAUUUUUUCUGUAAUUAUUUACAUACAAUAAUCAAAUCUAUUGCUUUGGUUGGAUUUUAGAAAGUAAAGUGAUUGAUUUGACUGUUGUGGUGAAACAAAUUUCAAACGUUCCAGUCUGAAGUGUGUAGCUAGCUCGAUAUAACUGUCAAUCUGGAAGUAGAAAUUUAUUUUGUAAUUUUCACCGGUUCUUAUGUGUAAUUUCUCAAUGUGUUAGACACUAUUCAAUUACUCGUGUAUAGCAAAAUAAUGUUCUAUAGUGUAUGUGGUGUAUAAACUUGUGCGAAAAUGGAUGACGGCACCGUGAAGAUCCAAUCCGGAAUUAACAUCAACAUAAAACGAACAGAUGGGCGAAUUCACUCCGCUAUCGUGUCCGGUGUCAACCAAGAGACGCGGUCCGUCACAGUGGAAUGGUACGAGCGCGGGGAGACCAAGGGCAAGGAGGUGGAGAUCGACGCCAUCCUGGCCCUCAACCCCGAGCUGGCCGGCCCGAGACACCACACGCCCCAUCUACAACCUAUGCCUAAUAAACUCGCCAGGGAUAUGACGCGGCAAUCGAUUCCAGUGGCAACGAAAGCGCCAUCUCGCGUCACGCGCAACAAUCAGAUGCGGCUGUCGAACGCGGGCGGGGGCUACACGAACGGGCACGGCGGGGACACGACGGGGCGGCGGGGCGCCGAGAACGUGCCCCCGCCGCAGCAGCCGCAACAGCCGCCCCCCAAUUCUAGGGUCACACAACAGGCCCCAGCUUCGGGAGGACGUUCCCGUUCAGGCAGUACCCCGAGUGCCGCCUCAAUGAACCAAGGCCAAGGACAGUCGCCUUAUGUACCGCAUAUGCAGAGACGCUUGCAUAAUGUUAAAGAGUUCAACCCGCCGGUGGGGGCGGGCGGGGCGCGGCCGGCGGGCGUGUCCAGCACGGUGUCGGUGCCGCACGCCGUGGCGUCGGGCGCCGUGCGCCGCUCCAACGUGGUGAAGGAGGUGGAGCGGCUCAAGGAGAACCGGGAGAAGCGGCGGCAGCGGCAGGCCGAGCUCAAGGAGGAAAAGGAAGCACUGAUGAACAUGGACCCGGGCAAUCCCAACUGGGAGUUCCUGGCUAUGAUCCGGGAGUACCAGAACAGCAUCGACUUCCGGCCGCUGACGGGCACCGAGCCGGUGGAGGACCACCAGAUCACGGUCUGCGUCAGAAAGAGGCCGCUCAACAAGAAGGAGCUGGUCAAGAAGGAGGUGGACGUGAUAAGCGUGCCAGCCAAAGACCUGAUGAUAGUCCACGAGCCGAAGAACAAGGUGGACCUCACUAAAUACUUGGAGAAUCAGAAGUUCCGUUUCGAUUACGCCUUUGACGAUUCGUGCACCAAUGAAGUUGUUUACAAAUACACGGCCAAGCCGCUGGUGCAGACGAUCUUCGAGGGCGGCAUGGCCACGUGCUUCGCGUACGGCCAGACCGGCUCCGGCAAGACGCACACCAUGGGCGGCGACUUCCAGGGCAAAACCCAAGACUGCAAGAAGGGUAUAUACGCGAUGGCGGCGCGCGACGUGUUCAUGUACCUGAAGUCGCCCAAGUACAAGCCUCUCAACCUCAUCGUCUCCGCCUCAUUCUUCGAAAUAUAUUCAGGGAAGGUGUUCGAUUUACUAGCGGACAAAGCGAAGCUUCGUGUGCUGGAAGACGGCAAGCAGCAAGUCCAGAUCGUGGGCCUCACGGAGAAGGUGGUGGACAAUGUGGACGAGGUGCUCAAGCUGAUACAGCACGGCAACGCCGCUCGGACCUCGGGACAGACGUCGGCGAACUCGAACUCGUCGCGGUCGCACGCCGUGUUCCAGAUCGUGGUGCGCUCGCCCGGCAUGCACCGCGUGCACGGCAAGUUCUCGCUCAUCGACCUGGCGGGCAACGAGCGCGGCGCCGACACCUCCUCCGCCAACCGGCAGACGCGAAUGGAAAGCGCCGAGAUCAACAAAUCUUUACUGGCGUUGAAAGAGUGCAUCCGAGCGUUGGGCAUGAAGGGGAACAACCACCUCCCGUUCAGGGUGUCCAAACUGACGCAGGUCCUGAGGGACUCCUUCAUCGGAGACAAGUCCAGGACUUGUAUGAUAGCGAUGAUAUCACCGGCCAUGUCCUCGUGUGAACACUCGCUCAAUACUCUGAGAUACGCUGACCGCGUGAAGGAGCUGGGAGCGGAGACGCGCGCGCCCGCCGACGUGGAGAUGGCGCCCGCGCACGACGACCUGGCGCAGCUGCGCUCGCUCAAUGAGGGCGACAUGUCAGCGGAGAUGUACACGUUCCACGAGGCUAUAGACGAGUUGCAGAGGGCCGAGGAAGAAGUGCUGGACAACCACAAGGCCAUCUCGGAUUACCUCCAGCACGCGCUGCAGCGCUGCAACCAGCUGCUCGCCAUCACGCGGGACGUGGACUACGACCAGGACGCGUACGCGACGCAAUGGGAGGAGCUACUGAAUGAGCAGUUGGCAGUACUGGCGCAGUCGCGUGACCUUGUCGCCGAGUUUCGCGCCAAAAUGCAACAGGAGGAACACAUUUCGCGCCGGAUCCAACCAGGGAGACACCACUAGCGUAACAUGACUGGGCAAUGUCACUUUAGGUACUGUAAUGUAGGUUUUUAAAUAACGAACAAGGUUGGCUGUCAAAUUGACGUAACGAAAUGGCUGUCAAAAUGACGUUCUGUUUGUCAAACCGCCUCGUUGUUGUUGGAGGGUCGAUUCGCGAACGUUGAUCUUUCUUCUUGCUCUUACUUUCCGGUUAACCUCAAGGAUAAAGUGAGAGGGAUUUUAAGACAUAAUGCCUUGUCUACGUUCGUGAAUAAGGAGUAAGGUCUACUGUCUUCUGUCAAGUCGUUUAGCUUUCAAUGGACGAUUGAGAUAAGGUUUUGAAUUCCAAAUAAGAAUCAUUUGCCAGAUGAACGCUUACUUCUCUAGUGGACCUUCAUUGGUGUUAUAUUAUAAGGUAUAUGUCUUAUCUCUCUCUCUCUUACUUUGAAUUUAAACAGAUAGAAAAAGAGGGAAGAUAAGAUUCUAGAGCAACAAACCUAUGUACAAAAUGCUUGAAAUAUUUUUUUUUGCAUGUAACACAUAUGUAAUGUAAGAUGGUUCAUAAAGAGUGAACGAGGCUGAAUUUGAUGCUGUUUUAUACUAUCCUAUAAUUUUAUACUUGUGCUAUAUUUAAUGUGCUUAAAAAUGUAUUUUUUUAUAAGGUUAUUUUUUGGAUGAAAUGAAUUUACUCAAACGUAAAAUUUAGUUCAAGGUGCUCUUUUGCAUAAUUAAUAAUGCCUCGUUUAGAUUAGUGAAAUUAAUGUAUUUUUUCAGUUGAAAAGCAAAGCUUUUUUAUUGAGGCGAUUGGUGAAUUCUGGCGCCAUCUUUGUUCAAUUCUCUUUGGACAUAUUCGUAUCAUCCCUUUUUAAUACCUUGUUUGUAACAUGGGUGCUUUGCAAUUAAUUAUAUGUUAAUAUAGAACAAUUGAACCAAACCAAAUUGUCUCAUUUGGUCUUCAAUCUCAUUUUGGUCUAAAGGUUCGACUGGACUGGUACCUUAAGACAUUAAGUCCUCGUAUUGUACAUUAUUUUAGGUGCAAUAAAGUUUAAUAAUUUAAAUAAAUAACUAAUGCAAAAUAGCAUCUAUUCAGUCUUGUUUCACUGUGGUAUGAUCACGAUUAGCUAUAAAACUGUACAUAUAGCUAUGCUCCUCAGUGAUCUGAUGUUUGUAAAUUAACAAAAAAUCGAUUGUCUUAUAAGGUUAAUGUAUCCGAAUCUCAGAAUCACAGUUCUAUCAAGGAUAGUUUACGGAUGAUAUUUUUUCAAGUUGUAUAAAUUUUUAUCAACAGUUAUAAUAUUUCAAAAAUAUAUGUCGAUUAAGGAACCGUUAGGAAGAGAGAGAAGUUAUGACAUGCCUUAAUAUCUGUUCGUGAAUAGACCCCCCAGGAUGGGGCUAAAAAUCGAUCGUGAAUGUUAACUAAACUGCCUUAUAAGGCUGUUGAGGUUUCAAACACUACCUCGUUAGACAGGGGUCACCAAUCACUUUUAUUUGAAGAUUAUUUUUAGAUAUAAUAUCGCAAAAAAUUUCCUUACAAUCUGCUAUUUUGGUGACACCUGUAAGAGAAUAUAUUUUUUUGUAAAUAACUGUAAUAUUUUGUCCAUCUUUACGAGCGAAUUGACGUGUUGAGUAUCUAAACGUGCCCUUUAAGAAUCUCGAGCUGUAAAACGAAAGAUCUUUUUAAGUACCUACCAUUGACAUUGCCCAAAUAAUUUAAGCGCGAGUCACGCCCACAAAAUGGCGGCGAUAGUCACAACUUAUUUUUUAUAUAUGUAUAUUCAAUAUCAGUAUUUCAGUCAAGCGCGAGAGCUGUAGCUGGUCUACUAUCUGAUGAUACUCGUUCAAGUUGUGACCGUGUGUUUGUUACGAGGUUUCUCAUGAUGCUUACCUUAUGCCGUCGUGCUGUUGAAUGAAAUGAUAGACUGUUUUACGUAGGGUGUUAGCACAAACGUCCUUUUGUAACAUCGAAAAUGCAGGGGUUAACUUUUGAAGUUGAUUUGUGAGCUAUAGUGUGGGCCGAUUAAGACUUAGAUACCUUAAUGGUGCAUCUCGCGAUUUAGAAAGCUAAUAUAAGUAUACUUUCUUAAUACAAACCCGGUAUUUGUACUUUUUAUGUGGCCUGCUCUAUGAAAGGACUAAUAUUUGUAAAGCCUUGUAGUAUGGCCAAUACUGUCAUAUCAUUUACCUAUAUGCGUGUUAAGAUCUAUAUUGUGUAAGAAAGUAUAUUAUUUCUUUCCAGUCGAAUAGACUAAAGUGCGUUACAAAUGUGCGCAAUGAUAUUUUUAAAUGCUAUGUAAAAGCUACAAUAUUACCGGCCAUCUUGUUGGCGCUCACUAUAGCGACCCCGACUUAACAAAACCUGUGUAAAUUCCAGACCGCGGAAGCGUGUUAUUUUUUUUUUUUAAUUUAAUUUAUAUUGUUUUUCGUCAUUAACAAUGUGACUAUAAUUUCGAUGCAUUUAACUUUCGCUAAAGGCCUACUUAUAAAAUUGUAGAUAUUUUGUAUUGUAUGGGAGAUCGGAAGUACGAAGUGAUUAGUUCAAUCGAGCCCAGUGAGUAUGGAGGGGGAAAAUGCCGUGGUUUUAGGGGGGUAACUAGCUGUUGUCUGCGUGUUUGUUCUGUAAAAAUUUUAUCCUAUAUUUCGGUCCAUUGCCAUGAAAUAACACAAGAGACAAGUGUUUCGCAUUUAUAAUAUUUAGAAUGCAUAUCUAAUAUAGUAUGGAUUGAAAAUAUUACCGAAUUCCCUUAAAAUGUCCGGCAUUUCACCUAUUUCUACCGCUUAAAUAACAUGACAGAUAAUCGGGACUCAAUAAAUACUCGUUGUGAAUGGUAUUGAGGGGCGCCGGCCUCGCUUCUAAAGUGAGCCGGCGUGGCGCCGAACGUGCGUUAAGUUUUAGCAUUUGUUGUAGAUUGGUAACUUAAUGUUUUGCCUUGCGAAUUCGCUUGUUGUUGAUAUCGAGAAGAGAUCUUGAGCGUGUCGUUCGCAUAAGCAUGUCGUGAUCGGAUAAGGGGAAUGUAGACUCUGUUCAGUUUGAAAUUCAAAAGGUAAUUCAAUGUGGAAAUGGAUUCAACCUAAUUUAAAAAUAGUUGUUUUUUUUUCAACCAUGUUGAAGAAAUUAGUUUUUUUUUAAUAACUAAAUUUAAAGAUAUACAUCACCCAGAAAUAAGCGUCGUCGCAAUUAUUCGUAAUGUUUGUUGAAAAUUACGGAAAGGUAUUGGUUUUUCCUUUUUCUUCCUUUCCUUUCCUGCGUCCCGAUUUUCUUAAUAUGGUUCAUGUGAGCGAUACGCUUUUAUUUAUCAAGGACUGUCAACUGUUAUUAUACAACGUGUACAAUUCAAUUAUUUAAUAAAUUAGAGGUUUAUUUAAUUCGAAACUAAUACCGGUUGUAACUCUAACAAAUGGUUGUACACACCUACAUUGAAAACUAAGAGAUUAUAUUGAUUCCGUUUGUUGAGAUUAGCUACAUACGUCCAGUCGGUAGUAUAAAAAUAUACAUUAAAAAUGGCGCCUCGAUACUAAGUUUUUGAUCUGAUUUCAUUUGUUUUUUUUUUGGAUGUUCGUAGUAACGAUUAUAAUGAACUGUUAAAAUGACUAUAUUGUAUUUUUCUAAGUUAUCUAUAUUUCUUGUCAAAUAUCUUCGAGUGACAAAAUAAACAGUGACUAUUUUAACAUUGAUUUCGGUUGGUAGUUUAGUUUUAAUUGCCAUUCUGUUGUAAAAAAACAAAAUACUUCCAGUUUUACGCAUAAAGAACUGGUGAAAAAAUGUAUUUCCAUAUAUUUAGUUUAUGAAAAAUAACUUAUUUUUACUCAUCAUGUCAUUAAAAUAUCAUUUCAUAAAAAUCGUAAAAUUAGUUCUUUUUUUAUUAAUAAAAAAAUUGUAAAACUACUUAAAAGACUUUCUGUGUUUGUAUGUAUAGCGUAUGUCUUGCUUUAGCCAUUUAUUUGCCUUGUGAUAAUUUUUUACACGGUCGUUCUAAUUAAUUUAGAAUCUUUUAAAAUUAUAACUUGACGAAAAACAAGAAAUAGACGGAACAUUUACAAAUGAGGCCUUAAAGUAGAAGCAUGUUAGUCAAUUACAUUAAAUAAAAUGUUUUCCUAAAUCUUCAUAAUAUGGCAUAAGUUAUUUUUAUGUAAUUAAUUAGAACGGCCGUUAUCGACAGAGCUGUGUGACGGGCGACUGUCUCUCUAAAUUAGUUUUGUCUGUACGUGCUCAUAAACAUACAGACAUCGAACCGUGAUUGUUUUACACAGUUAUUCGUUGGCGUAAACAUGUGGUGCUACACAAACUCGGUGAUUAUCAUAGGAUGAGUCAAAUGAUUUUUCAAACCCCUCCCUAAGAAAUAUAUAACUACAUUUUGGAAACUAAAGUAAUAGAUUACUUACAAACUCCGGAAUAAAAAGAAAGAAAAAUAACUUUUAAGUGCUUUGUAGUAAUUCAAUAGACCCAACAACAAAAGUCCUUUGAAAAUUUGUCAUAAGUUGGGUUGAAAACUUAUAAAAACAUGGAUGUAACUUACUUUUCACAAAGCCUCUAAAAGAAAAAUUGCAAAAAUAUGAUAAUUUAAGAAAUCAGCCAAUAGCAGCGCUCCAUUAUCUGCGGACGCGAUCUGAUUGGUCGAUUUCUGAACACUACGAGACACAUUUGUCUAGAAAGCUAUUUUUCAAAAAGCCACCACACGAAGAAAUAAAAAGGUGGUGGAUGCAUUAUUUAGAAUUUGUGUUUAUAUAAAACUUAUCAACUGUUAUUUCUGCGUGCGGCGACUUUGUUGAAAUUUGCGUUUCGUCCGAGGCUUAUCCUAUUUUUAGUUGAUACCGGAGCCAACGUUUCCAGACUUGUUUUGUGGUAACUAUGUAUACUAUAGCUUAAACGUUAGAUAGUGCUUAAUUAAUGAACAGGAACGGUACUCUGCAUCAGAGUGACUGCCGCGCCGAUGUUUGAUUUGUACUGAACGAAAUCUGCUAUUUUGUGUUAUUUUAACCUAUUAAACGCCAUGUUUUUAGGCUAUCCCUACGCCAUAAUGGACAGUUUAAUUUAAAAUAUAACUGCGUUAUGCAAAAUGGUGGAGGUAAGGUUGUUUAUGUUAAGAAAAUGUUUGAUUACUUUGUGUGCCUUUUUGUGAUUCCAUUUUAUUAAUAUGAGACGUGUAAAUUCAUCGAAUUCUAAGCAAUAAAAUAUUGAAAAUUCUCACAACCUCGAGAACAAACAAAUUAAGACAACCAAUACCUUAUUGAUUUUGCUAUGACGCUGUUAUUAUUAUAUUUUGUUGUGAUUUUUGAAUGCGCUGUGGGAUAUGUCUGUUGGGCGGUUAAAACUAUCGAGAUUGUAACUCGUCAUAUAUUUUGCCUUGAAAUGAAUUCGUUUUUGUAUAGAGGUUGCGUAAAUGGACAAGUGGGGGACGCGAGGCGCGUCGGCCGCGCUCGCCUUGUCUAGUUGAAAUGCUUUAUUAUAAUAAACAUAUUUUAACAUCGCACAUAAUAAAUUAAUCGAAAUUGA